AUGUCGACUGUUACCCCUCGAUUUUGGUCUCAGCCCUUUCGCUACAUGCGAUGGGCGUCUCACGAGAAACCCGCUAUAUUCUACUCUAUUGUUGUUGGCAGUCUCGGACCCGUUCUCAUGGUGGUCGUUCCGCCAGUUCGCAGAGCACUUGGUGAUGGGCCAAGAGAACGAAUUCCUCUAACUUAUCCAAUUCCUCCGGGCCCUCGAAAAAUACCGUCGGGAUAUGACGAUUAA